AUGAACUUUGGCUCAAAAGAUCUUGAUCGGCCGAAUUAUCUGAUUCAUGAACUGAAGUUUCCUCGUUCCAAAAUCGUUCUUGCAGGCGAUUCUGCUGGUGGUGGACUAACACUAGGCGCCGGGUUGUUUCUUCGUGAUCAAGGCAUCCCACUUCCUUCAGACGAUGAAUUGGCGGCAGACAUUCUUCCUCAAGGUCCAGCACUCAACAUGGCUGGACAACAGUAUGCUGCUCAACCUUCUCAUAUGCAGCUACCAUAUGUAUCUCCUCUGUACGAUACCCCAUCCAAGACCUCGCCUUUACCACCAUUGUUCAUCACCAUAGGAACAGUGGAUAGGUUUGUUGCAGAAGUACUCGCUACCUUUCUUAAACGUGCUGAUGCUGUAAGAGCAUGGAUGUUUUGUCUCAUGUUUGAUCUUGUUCUAACCAUGUUUCAAUCAAUGGUUGUUGAUAGUACAUCACUUGAUCUUGAAGUCGAGUUUGUUAAGAGGGUCACUGCUGGGAUUCCUAUUAAGACUGCUGUCUUCAUAUGGUCAGGCCAGAAGGCAAGACUAUCGAAGAGCUCACCAUACAAGACGUUCGAAGCCGAUUGGCUUCCUUCGUAUCUCGAGGACCAAAGGCUGUCAAUUACGAUCAAGACAUCUUGA